ACCGAGACCAGAGCAGCAGUUGAGUGAAGGAUCAGCACUAACUAGCAGAUUUGACUGUGAAGACAGAAGAGAGAUUAUGUACUGAUGUUUUAAAGCUUCAAACGAGGAUUAUCCGUGGUUACUGUUACAGCGCCAUUCAUACAAUUUUCCACUGGAAGUCUGGAAGAAAAAAAAAAAACUUGAGAGGAAGACUGUUCAUAUCUGUGGAAGACAGUCCCAAACAUUUUAAACAGGGGCUGUAGAUGUCUCAUGUUUAUGCUUUGUGGUGAUGAACAUUAGUGGGUUUUGAGCACAAGAGACUCGUUGUAUAAUAUCCCAGACACUGAGGAAAAAUCCUGAAGAUGAAGGGAGCGAUGGCAGCACUUCAACUCUGUUUGUGUAUCUUGGCCGUGAAGGUGGCGUUUGGUAAGGUCUGUACCAGUGAGCAGUUUACAAAAACAGGUGAAUGUUGCAGCAUGUGUACUGCGGGCACUGGUUUGGCAAGCAGCUGUGAUCAAGAAGACACCAAGUGUCAGCCGUGUCAAGAUGGUGUGUCGUUCUCUGACUCUGAGAGUCUUUCAGCCUGUCGUCUGUGCGCCCGCUGCCCCGCCGGCAUUCCUGAACUGGCACGCUGCACACCCACUCAGGAUACCCAUUGUGAUUGCGGGGAGCAUUUUUACUUGUGGCGAGAUAACAGCACAGGUGGGCUGUGCGCGCCCUGCACCAUGUGUGGGUAUGGGAGCGGAGUGUUUCAGGUCUGUGGGCCGCUGGGAAAUACCAUAUGCGAGCGGUGUAAACCAGGGACUUACUCGAAGGAGAAGAGUUACAGGAAACCCUGCGUGCCCUGCUCACGCUGUACUGAUGACGAGGUGGAGAUCAGACCCUGCCAGCCGGACUCUGACACCGUCUGUAUGGUAAAAGACCUCAACAUCCUGUCCCGUUCAGCUGGUUCUGAUGUUCCGCGUGAAUACCCCCGAUGGCCGACUGUGAAUGAUAAUGAAACCGAGAACAGGAGCAGCCCGACACCAGGGUCCGGAUCCCCUCGACUCACUCCACAGGACCAAGGGGGCAACAACAACAACAUCCUGGUCUACGUAUCUGUACUGGCUGCAGUGGUGCUCGGCCUCCUACUCUACGUCGCCUACAAAUGCUGGAAGUCAUGUCAGCAGAAGCAGGCUUUGGUGAAAGCACGGGUCGGUGAGCUGAAUAAUGUCGGGGAAGGAGAAAAGUUACACAGCGACAGUGGCGUGUUCCUGGACUCUCACAGCCUUCAGGAAAGCCAGCCUAGCAAAGGUAGUAAACGAGACAGCAAACAGGACACGCGACUUUAUGUAAACCUGCCUCCUCACAGACAGGAGGAGGUAGAGGGUCUUCUCGCCGAGGGGGGCAGUCGUAGCUGGAGGCAGCUGGCGGGCGCACUCGGUUACGAGCAGGACCGCGUGGACGUCUUCGGGCGGGGCCAGGACCCCAUCCACACCCUCUUGACUGAUUGGGCCCAACAGGAAGGCUCCACAUUGGGCCUGCUCUGCUCCGCUCUGGCACGCAUCGAACGGCCAGACAUCAUCAGCGCCCUCACCGCCCCCUCUCAAGGAGUUUCAGUGGUCUGAAUUCUUGAAUAUGUUCCUCACGCCUCCAUGAAAGUGAAAGAGACACUAAAAAUCACAGAGGAAUUGCGUCAACCGACUCAUUUUCGAACGCCUUGCACUAUACUUUGAAGAGUGGGAUUGGAAAUAAGGUUUUUAUUCAACAUAAUGUUUCACUUACAAAUUCUGUUUUAACAGCUUGAGAUGUUCCGCCACCUCAGAACAUUUUCUGCUCAAGACAGAUGUUUCCUCCAGUAUUCAUGUGAAGUUUAUGCUUUGUACUAUCCUCUUUGUAGUGUCAAAACACACUUGGUUUUCUCCAGGACACAUUCAUGCUGAACAUUUUCAUCGUUAGUGUUUUGGGCCGUCGUGGUUUCAGCUGUGGUUUGUAUCAAAGAAACGGACAUUUCGCGAACACUUCUGCGGCCUCGUGAAUGACAGUCCUCCAUUUGAGCGGAACGUAUCGUAGUGCCAGAGAAAGUAUCGUGCAUGCGAUUCAAUCGUGCUUUUGUAUUUAUAUUUCAGCGCUUCUGCCGUUUGAACAAUAGUCAACAUCGAAGCCGGAUGGAGGAUUCAGCUUUUAUCCCGUGGCUUGUCAAGGGGCAACAUAACACUGUGAGGUGUUUUAUGGUUUCCAGAGAGGAAAACCACUAAAUGGGCUGCACGAGGGAGUUGUAUAUAUAGAAAUAUACAGAUAUACGGUCAAGUUGCUUGAGCGAAUGUUUCUCCUUGACAAAAUGUGUUGGUGCUUGGUUUGCACUUUAACCAACAAUGCAACCUAAAAGCAAUGUUAUGUUUUUGUGAGUUAUAUGAGAGGAAAACUCUCUGGUGCCUUUACUUUGAACGCUCAGGUUUGUGCUUUGCUGGUUUACUCCACCAUUCUGUAUGUUAGUGUUGAGUUCUGGGUGAGACUUGAUGGUUUCUGUGCUGAGAUGCUUUUCAUAUUAAUAACAUUCAUGUUAUGUCAUGUUAUCUAUCACUUACGUUUGUCCUUUUUAAUAAUGAAAUAAUGAUUUAUAGGUAUCUUUGUAUUUUUUAAAAAAUAAAUAAUACUUUGU